AGGGGAGGACGGGCCCCGAGAACGGCCCUGAGGGGAGGACGGGCCCCGAGAACGGCCCUGAGGGCUGGUUCGGCUCGGGAGGCACCGCAGACCCAGCCAGGGACACCCCUGCCAUGGCAGGGACACCUCCCACUGUGCCAGGCUCCUCCCAGCCUGGCCUGCGACACUGCCGGGGAUCCAGGCACAGCCACGGCUGCUCUGGGAAUUCCAUCCCGGGCCCUCGGUUGGGAUCCUCACUCCUAAACCUCCCUCACCUUAUUGCCGUUCCCCCUUGCCCUGUCAUUCCGUCCCCUGAACUGUUUGAGAAGAAGAGCUAUGAGCUGAGAAUAGCAGGAGGGGCUGUGAGGGAUUUACUGAGCGGGGUGACACCACAAGACAUCGAUUUUGCCACCACAGCUACACCAGCAGAGAUGAAGGAAAUGUUCACAGCAGCUGGGGUUCGUCUGAUCAAUAACAAAGGAGAAAAACACGGAACCAUCACUGCCAGGCUCCAUGAACAGAAUUUUGAAAUUACCACUCUCCGAAUAGAUGUUGUCACCGAUGGCCGGCACGCAGAGGUGGAGUUCACCACAGACUGGCACAAGGAUGCUGAGAGGAGGGAUCUCACUGUCAACUCCAUGUUCUUAGGUUUGGAUGGGACUCUCUAUGAUUUCUUUAAUGGUUAUGAAGACUUGAAAAACAAGAAAAUCAGAUUUGUGGGGAAGGCAGCUGAGAGAAUACAGGAAGAUUAUUUAAGAAUCCUGAGAUACUUUAGAUUUUAUGGAAGAAUUGCAGAGACACCUGGAGAUCAUGAACAUAUUACACUGCAAGCAAUUAAAGAAAAUGCCAAAGGCUUGGCUGGAAUAUCAGGAGAAAGGAUUUGGGUGGAACUGAAAAAAAUUCUUAUUGGAAACCAUGUCAAUCAUUUGGUUCAACUUAUGUAUGAGCUGGAUAUUGCCCAGUACAUAGGGUUACCACUUGAUGGGAAUUUAGAGGAAUUUGCCAGAGUCACUAAAAACAUCCAAAACCUGUCUCCAAAACCUAUGACUGUCCUGACAUCCUUAUUCAAGGGGAAGGAUGAUGUCACAAACCUGGACCUCAGGCUUAAAAUCUCCAAGGAGGAAAAAAACCUUGGCCUUUUCUUGGUGAAGCACAGGCAGGAGUUAACCAAAGCCUCGGGGCCAGAACCACUUCGACCAUACCAGGACUUCCUGAUGGAUUCUAGAGAAGCUAACACCAACUCCAAGAUCUUUGAGCUGCUGAAGUACCAAGGAGAGGAGCAGCUCUUGAGAGAAAUGCAGGCCUGGACUGUGCCCUCCUUCCCUGUCAGUGGCCACGACCUGAGGAAGAUGGGGGUGUCCUCAGGGAAGGAAAUUGGGACAGCACUGCAGCAGCUGAGGGAUGAGUGGAAGAAGAGUGGCUACCACAUGGAUAAAGAGGAACUGCUGAGCUGCCUGAAGAAGGUGUGAAGGGAA